AGCUGGAAGACUCCUGCUGCUGAGAAGUUACAGUGACUUGGAAUGCUUCUUCUUGUGAGUCUCGUCUGGAACUAUUGACACAGUGCAGCAACAGAUUAGCUCCUGUGUAGCCCAGUCUUCCAGUGGAUCGGUAGCUACGAGUUUGUAAAUUGGAUAUCUAUGCGUAAAUGUCGUCAAGAUCUAUAGAAGCCAAGCAGACACUCGCGGAGCUCAUGCCGUGCAUCUCGAUCAAUUAAGUUGAACAAAUUCGAAUGCCCAUGUUACUUAAGGAGGCCUAAACAGGCAAGUUUUUGACCGACCGGGCAGGCUGUACAGGAUCUCGAGACUUCUGACCAUACUGCUCACUGAGAAGGAACAUGAAUUGAUAUGCGUUUUGUAAAGAGAUGUUAUAUUUCGUGUAGUUGGGAGCAAUUGGCUCUGUAAAAUCUUCGUAGCUUUAGGAAGCGUGCACGAUAUCGUUGGCAGUAAGUUCAAGAACAAGUGCUGAGUAUUGGCUACUGAGAGGAUGCAAGGAUGUACAAAUUUGGGAUUGCAAGCCACAGGACUUGCCAUUCCUGCAGGUGGAGCUUUGAGCUCGAUAGCAUGUUCACAGAGGUGCAGGGCUGCUGGCGCUGGCGACUGUGGGAAGGUUGCAAAGCUCCGGAGUCGACGAGUACAUCUAGUUAAUCAAGUUUUCAACCAAAAGUUGCGACUGGGUGGCAACUUCUCGUCUUCUUUCAGCUUUGCAGGAAACGGACCAAAAAUAUUGAGAAUGAUUAAGCAGACAGGGGCAUCUGAUGGACAACGACCUUUGGGUUGCGGGUUCAUUCGUUGUGCAGGAAGUGGAAAUUUGAGUACUAGCUCUGACAUAGAGGUCAAAGGCACGAUUGUGCUGACCAAAAAGUACGUAAUCGACUUAUCAGAUACAGCUUCCAGCCUUGUGGACAACACCCUUGACCUCUUGGGUUACAAGGUCGACUUCCAGCUCGUCAGCGUAGAUCUGGAUCCCAAGUCAAAUGGCCCAAAAGUUAGCAACAAGAGCAGCAUCACAAACUGGGCUACACAAGAGGACGUUGGAGACACGAUAUUGGCCGCAGAGGACUUUCUAUACAGGAUAAAGUUCACACUGCCAAAAGAUUUUGGAGAGCCUGGUGCAUUCUUUGUGCGAAACAACCAUAGGAACGAGUUCUUCCUCGUUUCUCUCACACUAGAGCUCCCUGACAAGAGAACUAUUGCAUUUCCUUGCAACUCUUGGAUUUACAGUACAUCCAACUAUACCAACGAUCGUGUCUUCUUUAGCAACAAGGUGUACCGUCCAGACCAAACGCCACCUGGUCUCAGGGCACUAAGAGAUCUGGAGCUGAAAAAUCUGCGGGGAGAUGGAAAGGGAGAGAGGAAGGAAGCAGAAAGAAUUUACGACUAUGACGUCUAUAAUGACCUGUCUAGCACAAACAACGUUCGCCCAGUUUUGGGUGGAAAGAAUCUUGCUUAUCCUCGGCGAUGCAGAACUGGUCGUCCCAAGACACAAGCCGACCCAAAGUCAGAGGAGUCGAUUGAACAGGGUACAUCCCUGGUUUAUGUGCCGAGAGACGAGAGGUUCAACCGCGUAAAAAAUUCGGGCUUUUUGGCUGGAGGUGUAAAGAGUGUUGCACAUUUCAUUGUUCCUGCUCUGACUAGCUACUUCGAUGGCACACCCAACGAAUUUGACUCCAUGAAAGAUAUCAUAUCUAUCUACGACAAGGGUAUAGACCUCGAAGGCCAUAUGGGGGACCAAAAAGGUGACGUGAAGAAAAACAGCAAGAAGCCGCAAGAAAAUCCCUACGUUCUUCUCGACACUAUUUUUGAUGCUGAUGGCAGCUCGAAGAGUGUCAUCAAUUUCCCACUUCCUCAACUCAUAUCCACUGAUGAAAACGCAUGGUUAUUGGACGAGGAGUUCGGACGUCAAAGUUUGUCUGGACUGAAUCCAUGUGUCAUAAAAUUGCUCAAGGACUAUCCACCGAAAAGCAGUUUGGACCCGAGCGUAUAUGGAUCGGGGAGUUCAUUGCAAGAGAAACACAUUCUCGCAAACCUGCAAGGCCUAACGGUUGCCAAGGCUUUGGAAGACAAGAGGCUAUUUACCAUCGAUUAUCAUGAUAUAUUCAUGCCUUACAUGACCAAGAUAAAUUCAGUGAAAGAUGGAGGCAGGGGAUAUGCUCCACGCGUUAUAUUCUUCCACACCAACGAAGGCACCAUGAAGCCAGUUGCAAUUGAGCUGAGCUUACCUCCGCCUAAAGGUGGAAACACUUCUAUCAGAAGAGUUUUCACUCCUCCUCCAGCUUCAGCCACACAGAGAGACUACCUAUGGGAGAUGGCCAAGCUCCAUUUCAAUGCCAUCGACUUUGGAUACCAUGAGCUAGUCACACACUGGUUGAGGAGUCACGCUGCCAUGGAGCCUGUUAUAAUAGCGAGCAACAGACAGCUAAGUCAUAUGCAUCCAAUCUUCAAUCUCCUUCUACCGACCUUCAAAAAUACGAUGAAUAUCAAUGCAAUUGCUCGACAGGCUCUCAUCAAUGCCAACGGAAUUAUUGAAGCGACAUUCACUCCUCAGCGGUACUCCAUGGAGAUGAGCGCAGUAGUUUUUGGCGCCUAUUGGCGGUUUGACGAACAAGCCCUUCCUCAGGACUUGAUAGCACGAGGAAUGGCAGAGCCAGCAGAUGACACUUACCCAGGGGGAGUGAAACUUGUGGUGGACGACUACCCAUUUGCCAAGGAUGGGCUGGAGCUGUGGGAUGGAAUCAAGGCUUGGGUUGCCAAGUACGUGAGCAUCGUAUACGACGAUUCGGACGCGGCAGUCGUUGCAGAUACGGAGUUGCAAAGUUGGUGGAACGAGCUAGUGAAUGUCGGAUACGGAGAUGUGAAAUCUGCGUCGUGGUGGCCGAAGCUCGACUCUUGCAAGAGCUUGGUGCAAAUCGUCACCACCAUUUGCUGGAUGGCGGGACCUCACCACGCUGCAGUGAACUUCGGCCAAUAUGCUUAUGCGGGCUUCAUGCCGAACAAGCCACCCAUGACUCGCAAGUUCAUUCCCGAGGUCGGGUCUCCGGAGUAUCUGCAGCUCAUCGCCGACCCCGAGAAGUACAUUCUCUCGUCCUCCACCUCCGAACUGGCUGCCACCAUCGUCAUGGCGACCAUCGAGCUCCUAGCCACUCACGCCAUCGACGAAGAGUACGUUGGCCACCGGAACUCCGCCGACUGGACCUCCGAUGACCGGCUGAAGGCGGCCUUCGCAGAGUUCACUGCGGCCAUGGACAACUUGGAGAGCAAGAUCAACGAGAGGAACAGCAGCCGCGACUUGCGAAACCGGCUGGGCCCGUCGCUCGUGCCCUACACUCUGCUCUUCCCGACUUCCUCCUCCGGCUUGACCGGCAAAGGUGUUCCUUACAGCACCUCCAUCUGAUUCUCAAACGGCUCCCGAACACUCUUCACGAUCUGCGACUUUGCUCGUGAAGGACAUGACGCCGUAUGCUUCAUCUUUGGGUUCAUCGAAGAUCUUCAUGGAAUUCCACAAAUCGAUGCAUGUCAAUAUUUUCAAGUGUUAGAAUAUUCCGAAGUCGAAGGAAGCAGACCUGACAAAAGGAUUCCCUCAGGUCAGUGAAAAACAUCUCGCUCAGAUUAAGCUAUAGCUCAAAUGAGCAGCAUGGUGCUUAUGGAUGAGGAAUAUAGAAACCUAGACAGAGGACAUGCCAGGUGAUGGCGAGAGAUCAAAUUAGAUCAGGUUCUUUUGGUACGAUGCUCGCAACCAGUGGACCCUUAGUGGUGGGUGGACGACCUUUGAGUGUACAAUGUGUUCGUUUCCAAGAACUUCAUUCGACAAGAUAAGACGUGAUGUAAAAAGAAACAAUUUCAAAACAACCUCGCUGAAUGUGAAUUUAGAACCAUCAUGGUGUUCAGCUAUUGUAUCGAGGUCUUCUAAAGAGUAAAGUAAACUCAGCACUUGAGUUCAAUACCAUGAGAUGUCAGCCUCUUCUCAAGUAUAAUUGCACCCCAAUUUUGAUACCGUGGAUCACAUCCUUUGCUUCAAAGUUUCCUGAGAGCAAUCUAAAGUUAAAG